AAAAACUGAAUACUUGUACUGGGUAAAUAUAUUUACUUUUAGCUGUUUAAUGAAGUGAGAGACCUUGAGUUUGUUUGGCAGAGAUGACCUUUUACUAUCCAGUUUCAUCAGGGGCUGGCGUUUGGUUGAAAAUGGUGGAGGGUUUUCCCUGUGUUGAGAAUUGUUUAUGACUGAUAAUCUUAAUUGAGCACAUAAGUCCAGAGGCAGUUAGUGCUCUUGAUGUUAAAUGGGAAAAAACUGGAAAUGGGUUCUCUAGAUUAACAUGUGACAUGAGUGACCUGUGACCUGGGAAAAUAGUAGUAGAAAUUAUUACUGGGGAUGUGUGCGUAGCAUUCUUUUUCCUAAUUUUUAAAGACAUAGUUUUGUGUACAGACAAAUAGGAAUAGAUUCUGUAUAGGAUAGAGAAUUUUUCUUAGAUGUUUUCAGGGAAACCUGAAGUGGUUGAGAGAAAAAUUUCCUUGAAGUUACAGGAAACUAACCACUGUGUAUUUUAUUUUUUUGACUGUACUUGUUCAAAAAUUAAUACUGAUUUGUGGGCUAAAACUCUGUAGAAAAGAAACUAGUUUAGCAUUUUUGAGGAUGAGUAAAAUCUUUAGAUUAAUAUUAUUUUAAAUUACCUAAGUAACACAUUACUAGAGUAAAAAAAGGCAAUGUUCAGGCUAAGGUUGCACAAGACUUUUUUUAUGGAAGAACCCAGUAGUUCUUUGAUGUCCCUUAUCCGCUUAUGUUUUCAUAUCAUAUGACUUCAUAUCUUCUGCAAAUUUGAUAAACCUGUCUUUGUGUUUCUUUCUGAAUCACUAGUAAAAUUGUUUAAUAUUAAGGGACAAAUGAACCUUCACACAAGUUGACAAAAUUGAGGUGAUUCAUUAUCAGUACUCAGAGUAUAGCUGUCCAGUUUCCUAUGAAUAGUUGUUCAGUUACUACAAUAAGUCUUGGUAACCACUGUUAUUUGUCGUGUAUUUCUCAAUCUUGCCAUAAAUCAGUGCUUCUCAGUCAAGGGUGAUUUUGCCUCCCAGGGGACCUUUAGCAGUAUCUGGAGACAUUUUUGGUCAUCACAGCUAUUGGGUACUGUGGCAUCUAGUAGGUGACAUGAAUACUAGAACAAGAGAUACCUGGACAUCCACCAAAUUGUCUUCUGAUAGGCUAUGCAGGUUUUCUAACCUUUGCAUUAUUGACAUUUUGAGCCGAAUAAUUGUGGGGAGCUCACCCCAGUAUUGAAGUAUAGGAGAUCCGAUUCAUCACAAAAAUGGUGCAGAGAUGGUAUGUUUUGUUUUAUUUCCAUCCAGUUAAUUAACAGAUAUUUAUUGAAGAUUUGGCACAUGUAUGAAUUUUUCUCUACUUCCACAACCAAAAUGACAGUUUAGGUUUUUUUUGACUCAGAGUAUUGAAAAGGAACUUUGUAGAAAAAGGUUCAGAUUCCCUUUUUAGUUUUUGACUUGUUGCUAAAUAAAUUAUUUUUAAUUUUUGUAACCAGAUCUCUCUGGCAUGGUCUCUUAUUUUGUGUGUGUGUGUGUGUGUUCCUGACUGAAGGAAAGAAAAUCAGAAUCCCAAACUCUUCUCCAGAAUUAGAUUUUUUUCCCUUGGCUUUUUCUGGGGAGAGGAGAACACACAUUUUGCCUUUGGCUUCUGACAAGAUGAAGAAGAUGACUUUAUGUGUAAGAAGGCAGCCUCUAAAUCAAAAGAGAAUGGAGGAUCUACAAAUAGUUAUCUUGGAGCAUCAAACAUGAAAAAGAAUGAAGAAAACACUAAGACCAAGAAUAAGCCUUUAUCACCAAUAAAACUUACCCCUACAUCAGUGCUUGAUUAUUUUGGAACUGGAAGUGUCCAAAGAUCAGAUAAGAAGAUGGUGGCAAGCCAAAGAAAAGAGCCUUCAAAAAAUGCAAAUGAUUCCAGAUUAAAUGAUGAAGCCAUUGCCAAGCAAUUGCAACUUGAUGAAGAUGCAGAGUUGGAGAGACAAUUGCAUGAAGAUGAAGAGUUUGCCAGAACAUUAGCCAUGUUGGAUGAAGAACCUAAGAGCAAAAAGGCUCUAAAGGACCCAGAAGAGAGAGAAACGUUUUCAUCUGUUCAAGCCAAUUUAAGUAAAGCAGAAAAACAUAAAUAUCCUUAUAAAGUAAAAACAGAACAAUUUCUGGAUGAAAGAAAGAACUGCAGUCCUAAGAAGCAAACUAAAUGUGAAAGUUUAAAAGAAUCUCAGCAACAUUCCAAGUCAUCAGCUCACAAAAUAGGAGAAACAACUUCUAAAGCUAAUUCCAAGCUGACACUUUUGAAAAAAAAGGAAGAGAGUUCUUCUAAAGAAACAGAGCCUUUGUCCUUGAAAAGAAAAGAAAAUGCCAUUGAAUUGAAAGGAGAGACAAAAAGUCCUAAGAAAACCAAAAGUUCUCCUGCUAAAAAAGAGUCUGUAAGUCCUGAAGAUUCUGAAAAGAGACGCACUAAUUAUCAAGCUUAUCGAAGUUACUUAAAUAGAGAAGGUCCCAAAGCUCUGGGCUCCAAAGAAAUACCAAAGGGAGCUGAAAAUUGCUUGGAAGGCCUUAUAUUUGUAAUCACAGGAGUGCUGGAGUCCAUUGAAAGGGAUGAAGCCAAGUCUCUAAUUGAACGUUAUGGAGGAAAAGUAACCGGAAAUGUCAGCAAGAAAACAAACUACCUUGUCAUGGGUCGUGAUAGUGGACAGUCCAAGAGUGAUAAGGCAGCAGCCUUGGGGACAAAAAUUAUUGAUGAGGAUGGCCUAUUGGAUUUGAUUCGAACUAUGCCAGGCAAGAAGUCCAAAUAUGAAAUAGCAGUUGAAGCUGAGAUGAAUAAAGAAAAGUCCAGAUCAAGGAGAACACCCCAAAAAAAUGUCCAAGGAAAAAGAAAAAUUAGUCCAACUAAGAAGGACUCAGAAUCCAAAAAGUGCCAACGGACUCCCAAAAAGGAAAGCACUAUGACGUCAGUGAAAAAGGAAACAAGUGUGUUUCAGAGAGGCCUGGACUUCAAGGAGCAGGUGGCUGAGGAGACAAAUGGUGACAGCUGGGCUAGGAAUUUGGCUGAUGACAGCAGUGAAAAUAAAGUGGCAAAUUUGCUCUGGGUGGAUAAAUAUAAGCCAACCUCGCUCAAGACCAUAAUUGGACAGCAAGGUGACCAGAGCUGUGCCAACAAACUUCUACGCUGGCUCCAAAACUGGCACAAGAGUCCAUCCGAAGACAGGAAACACGCAAAGUUUGGUAAAUAUGCCAGCAAAGAUGAUGGCUCUAGUUUUAAAGCAGCACUGCUCUCAGGCCCUCCAGGUGUUGGCAAAACAACCACGGCCUCUCUGGUCUGUCAGGAAUUGGGAUAUAGCUACGUGGAGCUGAAUGCAAGUGAUACUCGGAGUAAGAACAGUUUGAAGGAGAUUGUUGCUGAGUCACUGAAUAAUACCAGCAUCAAAAGCUUUUAUUCAAGCGGAGCAGCCCCUUCAGCAAGCAUGAAACAUGCCCUCAUCAUGGAUGAAGUAGAUGGCAUGGCAGGCAAUGAGGACAGGGGAGGAAUUCAGGAAUUAAUUGGCCUGAUUAAACAUACAAAAAUUCCCAUUAUUUGUAUGUGCAAUGAUAGAAAUCAUCCCAAGAUUCGCUCUUUGGUUCAUUAUUGUUUUGAUCUUCGUUUUCAAAGACCUCGGGUUGAACAGAUUAAGGGUGCUAUGAUGUCUAUUGCAUUUAAAGAGGGUUUGAAGAUUCCCCCUCCAGCUAUGAAUGAAAUAAUUCUGGGAGCCAAUCAAGAUAUCAGACAGGUUUUACACAACCUGAGCAUGUGGUGUGCACGAAGCAAGGCACUGACCUAUGACCAGGCCAAGGCUGAUUCUCAGAGAGCCAGAAAGGACAUCAAAUUGGGUCCAUUUGAUGUUGCCCGGAAGGUUUUUGCAGCUGGAGAGGAAACUGCUCAUAUGUCGCUUGUGGACAAAUCAGAUCUUUUUUUUUAUGAUUAUUCAAUAGCACCCCUCUUUGUCCAGGAGAACUACAUACACGUGAAGCCUGCAGCUGCAGGGGGUGACAUAAAAAAACACUUGAUGCUUUUAAGCAGAGCAGCAGACAGCAUCUGUGAUGGUGACCUAGUGGACCGGCAGAUCCGGAGUAAGCAGAACUGGGGGCUUCUGCCCAUACAGGCAAUUUAUGCCAGUGUUCUUCCUGGAGAGUUAAUGAGAGGAUUCAUGACCCAGUUUCCCACCUUCCCAAGCUGGUUGGGUAAGCACUCGUCCACGGGCAAACACGAUCGUCUUGUUCAGGACCUAGCAUUGCAUAUGAGUCUCAGAACUUACUCCAGCAAAAGGACUAUAAACAUGGAUUAUCUGUCACAUAUAAGGGAUGCACUUGUACAGCCCUUGCUCUCACAAGGGGUAGAAGGAGUACAGGAUGUUGUUGCCCUUAUGGAUGCUUAUUAUUUGAUGAAAGAAGACUUUGAGAAUAUCAUGGAAAUGAGCAGCUGGGGAGGCAAGCCUAGUCCCUUCUCCAAGCUGGAUCCCAAGGUGAAAGCAGCCUUUACCAGGGCUUACAAUAAGGAAGUCCACCUCACUCCAUACUCACUUCAGGCCGUGAAGACUCCCAGACACAGCACAGGCCCAGCGCUGGACUCUGAGCACAGUGAAGAGUUCCAUGAAGAUGACUCCCAGUCUGAUGAGAAAGAGCCAGACUCUGUGGAAACUGAUGCUAUGAUCAAGAAAAAGACAAAAUCUUCAAAGCCUUCAAAAUCAGAAAAAGAUAAGGAGUCCAGAAAAGGAAAAGGAAAAAGUUGCAAGAAAUGAAACUGUUUUUACUACUGACAGUCCCUUUUACUCACCCUGCUGGCCAGUCUAGCUGGUCUAGAGGAUGCCUUGUUUUUCCCAAAGGAACUGUAAUAGGGCGACGGAGUGGUCCCAUUAUAAAUAAAAGGUGGUACAGCUAGAAGGAUGUAACCGGUAGGCUAAUGUACACCUCUUAUAGAGGUUGAUAGUACUGCUUGGGUCCUCCAUUGUCCCUGUCAGUCUAAUUUGAUUGUGCUUCAAAAUGACUGUGUAUAAUCAGAAUUAGAAACUACAUGUGGGCUUUGGAAUUAGAUUUUAUUUAACAAUAAUAUGCCUGAGAGUGGUACUAAGGCAACUUUUGUAAGCUUAACAGUUUAUCCUAAUGGCCUUUAUAGGACCAAUGCUGACUUUUUUAAAAGAUAGUUACUAUUAUGUGGUGAAAUUUUGUAAAUAAAUCAAUACAAAACCAUCACCACCUAGAACUGGGUAUCAUUUGUACAUUGUCAAAUAUCUUGCAAU